GGUGGCGUGAUUGGCAUCCAGAUUGAAUGGGAUUGCAACCUAGAUAAAAAACCGUCAGAAUGCAACCCUCACUAUUCUUUCAGUCGCCUAGAUAACAAUGUUGCGGAGAAGUCCGUCUCCUCUGGAUACAACUUCAGAUUUGCCAAGUAUUACCGGAAUGCGGCUGGUGUUGAUUUCCGAAUGCUGAUCAAAGCUUACGGGAUCCGUUUCGAUAUCAUGGUGAAUGGCAAGGCAGGGAAAUUUAACAUCAUCCCAACGGUAAUCAACGUGGGAUCCAGUCUUGCGCUCAUGGGAGUGGGGGCGUUUCUCUGCGACUUGGUGCUGCUGUAUCUUCUCCGAAAGAGCCAGUUUUACAGGGGGAAAAAAUACGAAGAAGUGAGGUUAAACACCCAAAACACUUUACCGGCAAGCACCGUCGACGGGAACCAGUCAGGGAACCAGAGUGAAGAUUCUUUAUCUCAGUUGGAUCAACCUGAAAAACUACAGACAGUCGAGACCUAAUGCUGUGUUUUUCUCUGGAAACCACUCAUCACAACGCCAUCCGUUGUUAAGAGAAACCACGGACCACAGAAAGCUGCAGGAAGGGAUUCGCUUAAACUCUUAAACUGCCUUCGUUUUCGGCAUCCUGAACUUAGGAUACUGCACGCGGCAGGAUUUUAACGGUUUAAAACCGAAACCAAAUUGCCAGGAAAUCUUGAGUGAGGACCGUAGCGGUGUGGCGGAUAUACAUUCUCUUUUGUGUGGCUUCUGGAUAACCUAACACAGCAGCUGCCAAGCGUAUGUCAAAAGGCCAUUGAGGAGUGGAGAGGACGGUUGUCCACCUUGAAAUUAUUAUCAUUGUUCACCGCGCAGUCGACCGGAUGAUUAGACUGC